AUGCUGCAAAUACUACAGAUGGACCUCCAACACUCUAAAACGGCUUCGGCCUCCCUUCUUCACCUCCUGACAAAAAUUGGAGAAGAUGUCGUUCUCAUCCAAGAACCUUGGAUUGUGAAAUCCCUGGUUCGAGGACUGAGAACUCCUGGUGAUAAAGACGUCACCACAGCCAGUAUGGUAAUAGACAACCAUACCUACUGGCUGGUAUCAGCAUAUUUCUGUCACGACCACCAGGGUCCACUGCCUGGUACCAUUCUUGAGAAGACGGUCGCUGAAUCAACAAGACAGAAAACAAACCUAAUUAUCGGUUGUGAUGUCAAUGCGCACCAUACUACAUGGGGUAGUACCGAUAUAAAUAACAGAGGUGUGUCUCUUUUUGAUUAUAUUCUAACAAGUAAUCUGGCAAAUAAUAAUAAUAAUAAUAAUAAUAAUAAUAAUAAUAAUAAUAAUAAUAAUAAUAAUAAUAAUAAUAAUAAUAAUAAUAAUAAUAAUAAUAAUAAUAAUAAUAAUAAUAAUAAUAAUAAUAAUAAUAAUAAUAAUAAUAAUAAUAAUAAUAAUAAUAAUAAUAAUAAUAAUAAUAAUAAUAAUAAUAAUAAUAAUAAUAAUAAUAAUAAUAAUAAUAAUAAUAAUAAUAAUAAUAAUAAUAAUAAUAAUAAUAAUAAUAAUAAUAAUAAUAAUAAUAAUAAUAAUAAUAAUAAUAAUAAUAAUAAUAAUAAUAAUAAUAAUAAUAAUAAUAAUAAUAAUAAUAAUAAUAAUAAUAAUAAUAAUAAUAAUAAUAAUAAUAAUAAUAAUAAUAAUAAUAAUAAUAAUAAUAAUAAUAAUAAUAAUAAUAAUAAUAAUAAUAAUAAUAAUAAUAAUAAUAAUAAUAAUAAUAAUAAUAAUAAUAAUAAUAAUAAUAAUAAUAAUAAUAAUAAUAAUAAUAAUAAUAAUAAUAAUAAUAAUAAUAAUAAUAAUAAUAAUAAUAAUAAUAAUAAUAAUAAUAAUAAUAAUAAUAAUAAUAAUAAUAAUAAUAAUAAUAAUAAUAAUAAUAAUAAUAAUAAUAAUAAUAAUAAUAAUAAUAAUAAUAAUAAUAAUAAUAAUAAUAAUAAUAAUAAUAAUAAUAAUAAUAAUAAUAAUAAUAAUAAUAAUAAUAAUAAUAAUAAUAAUAAUAAUAAUAAUAAUAAUAAUAAUAAUAAUAAUAAUAAUAAUAAUAAUAAUAAUAAUAAUAAUAAUAAUAAUAAUAAUAAUAAUAAUAAUAAUAAUAAUAAUAAUAAUAAUAAUAAUAAUAAUAAUAAUAAUAAUAAUAAUAAUAAUAAUAAUAAUAAUAAUAAUAAUAAUAAUAAUAAUAAUAAUAAUAAUAAUAAUAAUAAUAAUAAUAAUAAUAAUAAUAAUAAUAAUAAUAAUAAUAAUAAUAAUAAUAAUAAUAAUAAUAAUAAUAAUAAUAAUAAUAAUAAUAAUAAUAAUAAUAAUAAUAAUAAUAAUAAUAAUAAUAAUAAUAAUAAUAAUAAUAAUAAUAAUAAUAAUAAUAAUAAUAAUAAUAAUAAUAAUAAUAAUAAUAAUAAUAAUAAUAAUAAUAAUAAUAAUAAUAAUAAUAAUAAUAAUAAUAAUAAUAAUAAUAAUAAUAAUAAUAAUAAUAAUAAUAAUAAUAAUAAUAAUAAUAAUAAUAAUAAUAAUAAUAAUAAUAAUAAUAAUAAUAAUAAUAAUAAUAAUAAUAAUAAUAAUAAUAAUAAUAAUAAUAAUAAUAAUAAUAAUAAUAAUAAUAAUAAUAAUAAUAAUAAUAAUAAUAAUAAUAAUAAUAAUAAUAAUAAUAAUAAUAAUAAUAAUAAUAAUAAUAAUAAUAAUAAUAAUAAUAAUAAUAAUAAUAAUAAUAAUAAUAAUAAUAAUAAUAAUAAUAAUAAUAAUAAUAAUAAUAAUAAUAAUAAUAAUAAUAAUAAUAAUAAUAAUAAUAAUAAUAAUAAUAAUAAUAAUAAUAAUAAUAAUAAUAAUAAUAAUAAUAAUAAUAAUAAUAAUAAUAAUAAUAAUAAUAAUAAUAAUAAUAAUAAUAAUAAUAAUAAUAAUAAUAAUAAUAAUAAUAAUAAUAAUAAUAAUAAUAAUAAUAAUAAUAAUAAUAAUAAUAAUAAUAAUAAUAAUAAUAAUAAUAAUAAUAAUAAUAAUAAUAAUAAUAAUAAUAAUAAUAAUAAUAAUAAUAAUAAUAAUAAUAAUAAUAAUAAUAAUAAUAAUAAUAAUAAUAAUAAUAAUAAUAAUAAUAAUAAUAAUAAUAAUAAUAAUAAUAAUAAUAAUAAUAAUAAUAAUAAUAAUAAUAAUAAUAAUAAUAAUAAUAAUAAUAAUAAUAAUAAUAAUAAUAAUAAUAAUAAUAAUAAUAAUAAUAAUAAUAAUAAUAAUAAUAAUAAUAAUAAUAAUAAUAAUAAUAAUAAUAAUAAUAAUAAUAAUAAUAAUAAUAAUAAUAAUAAUAAUAAUAAUAAUAAUAAUAAUAAUAAUAAUAAUAAUAAUAAUAAUAGUAAUAAUAAUAAUAAUAAUAAUAAUAAUAAU